AUGUCGCACAACAUAACAGUCAGAAUCACCCUUCCGGGUGCAGAGGAGCAGACGUUCCAAGAGUGUUAUGAGACUUUGCAUCCCUCGGAUGCGAGCACGAAGGGACUGAGCGCAAUGUUAACAAAGCUUCAUGAGCUGCAAGACAAGACUCAGAAGUUCUUGACUGAGAAGAUCAACGAUGACUCGAAUCCAUCGACAGCGCAUGCGGAAGACGGAUAUGAAGAAGAAGGAGUUGACGACGAGCUACCUUCUCCCUCCAGCGGGCCUCCCAAAAAACGGAACAAGAAGGGAAAAUGA